CUCCCAGUGACUGUAGGGAAGACCGUGCUAUUUCCUGCCAAGAUGAAGCUGCUGUUGCUGUGUCUAGGGCUGACUCUAGUCUGUGCCCAUGAGGAAGAAAACGUUGUGAGAAGCAACAUCGAUAUUUCAAAGAUUUCAGGAGAGUGGUAUUCCAUUCUCUUGGCCUCAGAUGUUAAGGAAAAGAUAGAAGAAAAUGGUAGCAUGAGGGUUUUUGUCGAACACAUCAAAGCCCUGGACAACUCUUCUCUGGCCUUUGUAUUUCAUACAAAAAAGAACGGAAAGUGUACUGAAGUAUUUCUGGUUGCUGACAAAAGAGAGGAUGGUGUAUAUAGUGUUGUGUAUGAUGGAUACAAUGUAUUUAGCAUAGUUGAAACGGUCUAUGAUGAAUAUAUCCUGUUACAUCUUCUGAAUUUUGACAAGAAGAGACCAUUCCAACUGGUAGAGUUCUAUGCCCGAGAACCAGAUGUGAGCCAAAAACUCAAGGAAAAGUUUGUGAAAUACUGCCAAGAACAUGGGAUUGUUAACAUACUUGACCUGACUGAAGUUGAUCGCUGUUUACAGGCCCGAGGAAGUGAAGUGGCCCAGGACUCCAGUGUUGAGUGAAUGCUUCCUUACCUGGGCUCCAGGAUCUUCCCUUCUGUGGUCCCCACACCAUCUAGUGACAAGUGCUGUGACCUGAUUUCCAUCAUAAUCACAUAGGAAAGCAUUAUCUCUGCAUCUUCAGAAUCUUCCUUAAUUGUCUAGGAAAACAUUAACCAACCAAGAUUUCAAGAAUUUUCUCCAAAUUUUCCAGCUGUCUUUCCCAUACCCAGGAGAACUCUAUGGUGAAUAAGAACUUCCUGUACCUGGUCAAUAAAUGAUUAGCCUUG